CGGUCAUAGUCCCGUCUUCUGGCCGUGGCUCGUGGCCGUGUGGAUCCAUCCAUCCAGCCGAGACGAGAUAUCCGAUAGCAGCAAGCAAAACCUCCCCCCUCCCUCUCUCUGCUCCAUCCAGUACUCCCCGUCCGCGGCCCGCCCCAUGGCCUCCCUCCUCCGCACAGCCGCCGCCCUCGCGCCCCCGUCUUCUCCUGCCCGGGAGCCGCGGCGGCCGCCAUGCGCCGCCUCCUUCGUCUGCUCCCAGCAUGCGCCACCGAGGCUCCGGCGCGUCCCCGGCUACGCCGCGAGCCGGCUGCGGAGAUUGGGGGCCGAAGAGGCCACGCAAAGGGCGACGCAGUUUCUCUGCGGAUACAUGAGAAGAGAUGGGCACGAAGGUGAUGGGAGGAGUCAAGGACGAGAUGAAGCUACUAUGUUUGGGCCAGAUGACGAUGACGGUUCAAAGAUUCCUACUCAGGUUGAGACUCUUGUUAGAGGCACUGCAAUAGUUGAUGCUCCAGAAUACAAGCCACUCCCAGAUCUGGAUUACCUUCAGGAGUUGCUGGCUAUUCAGCAGCAAGGACCCCGGUCAAUAGGUUUUUUUGGUACCCGGAACAUGGGGUAUAUGCAUCAACAACUUAUUGAGAUCCUAAGUUAUGCUAUGGUCAUAACAAAAAAUCAUAUAUUCACAUCUGGUGCUUCUGGGACUAAUGCAGCUGUUAUCAGGGGUGCUUUGAGAGCUGAAAAGCCAGAUUUGCUCACUGUAAUUUUGCCCCAAAGUUUAAAUAAGCAACCUCCUGAAAGCCAGGAGCUAUUAUCUAAAGUACAAAACUUGAUUGAGAAACCUCAGUAUGACCAUCUACCACUAAUUGAAGCUAGCAGGUUAUGCAACAUGGACAUCAUCUCGAAGGUCCAGCAGGUGAUAUGUUUUGCCUUUCAUGACAGCAAGCUGCUGAUGGAAACCUGCACGGAGGCAAAGAACCUUCGGAAGAUUGUAACUCUGUUCUACUUGGAUUAGCUAGCACCUCAGUGAUCCUCUCCCUUUUUUGUCCGUAGCCUGGUGAAUGGCAAUUCGAUUUUAGUCAUUUAUGUACUCUAGCUCUGGGGUAGGUACAUCUUCAUUUGAAGAAAAAGUCAUUUUGCCGAUUGUUUAUUUUCUUGGUAGAAAUGAUAUAAGCUUGUCGAUAUGCCUAGUUUGACAGUGAAGGAAAUAAUGAAGUUAAUAUCCUUGGUGAUUCAAAAGUUCUCAA